AUGAAGAAGACGGAUAGGAAAGUUGAGAUAACUUUAAAGAACACCGACAUCCUUGGUUUUAUCCGGAAGGCUAUAAAGAGGGUGGCUUUGAGCCCAACUCUAAUAGUGCCUUCCCGGAUCAUUGGAGAUGGAGCCAACUCCACUGUCCUGCUGGUGUCCGUCUCUGGCAGUGUGGUGCUUGUGGUCAUUCUCAUUGCGGCUUUCGUCAUCAGUCGUAGACGGAGUAAGUACAGCAAAGCGAAACAAGAAGCCGAUGAAGAGAAACAUUUGAAUCAAGGUGUUAGAACUUAUGUGGAUCCCUUUACCUACGAAGACCCCAACCAGGCAGUUCGAGAAUUUGCCAAAGAAAUCGAUGCAUCCUGCAUUAAAAUUGAAAAAGUCAUAGGAGUCGGUGAGUUUGGAGAAGUGUGCAGUGGGCGUCUCAAAGUGCCAGGCAAGAGAGAGAUCUGUGUGGCCAUCAAGACUCUGAAAGCUGGUUAUACUGACAAGCAGAGGCGGGACUUCCUGAGCGAGGCCAGCAUCAUGGGACAGUUUGACCACCCAAACAUAAUCCACCUGGAAGGCGUUGUCACCAAAUGUAAACCAGUAAUGAUCAUAACGGAGUACAUGGAGAACGGCUCCUUGGAUGCAUUCCUCAGGAAGAAUGAUGGCCGAUUUACAGUCAUUCAGCUGGUGGGCAUGCUCCGUGGCAUUGGGUCUGGGAUGAAGUAUUUAUCUGAUAUGAGCUAUGUGCACCGAGACCUGGCUGCUAGGAACAUCCUGGUCAACAGCAACUUGGUCUGCAAGGUGUCUGAUUUUGGCAUGUCCAGGGUGCUUGAGGAUGAUCCCGAAGCAGCCUAUACUACCAGGGGCGGCAAGAUUCCUAUCCGGUGGACUGCACCAGAAGCGAUUGCCUAUCGGAAAUUUACAUCAGCCAGUGAUGUCUGGAGCUACGGAAUCGUUAUGUGGGAAGUGAUGUCGUAUGGAGAGAGACCGUACUGGGAUAUGUCCAAUCAAGAUGUGAUUAAAGCCAUCGAGGAAGGCUACCGGCUCCCCCCACCCAUGGACUGCCCCAUUGCCCUCCAUCAGUUGAUGCUGGACUGCUGGCAGAAAGAGAGAAGCGACAGGCCGAAGUUUGGGCAGAUCGUCAACAUGUUGGACAAACUCAUCCGCAACCCCAACAGCUUGAAGAGGACAGGGCCAGAGAGUUCCAGACCAAACACAGCCCUGUUGGACCCCAGUUCCCCUGAAUUCUCGGCUGUAGUAUCAGUGGGCGACUGGCUGCAGGCCAUCAAAAUGGACCGGUAUAAGGAUAACUUCACAGCCGCCGGGUACACCACGCUAGAAGCUGUGGUUCACAUGAACCAGGAGUAA